AUAACCUAAAUUCCAUUGGUCAUCAUCAACCACACGAUGAACCCCAAAUCAAAUCCAACAGCUGAGACUCCACAAGAACAUUCUAGAAAAACAGAAACACAAACCCUUUUAAAUUUUCCUUUUCCUUUUUCCCACAUGACAUAAGCCGCCCGCGCUUCUCCUUCACUUAUAAAACCAUCCCAAACCCUAACAUUUUUUUCCCUCUCUCUCUCAGCCGCUGCUACUGCUACCACAUUCAAACACUCUCUCUCACAUUCUCUCUCCUCUUUUUUCUCCCAUUCUCUUCUUCCGUCGUUGCCUAGGAAGAUUAUAAUGGCCGGUAAAGGAGAAGGUCCAGCUAUCGGUAUUGAUCUCGGUACCACCUACUCUUGUGUUGGAGUAUGGCAACACGACCGUGUUGAGAUCAUUGCUAAUGAUCAGGGUAACAGAACUACUCCAUCUUAUGUUGCUUUCACCGAUUCUGAAAGGUUGAUUGGUGAUGCCGCUAAGAAUCAGGUCGCCAUGAACCCCAUUAACACCGUUUUUGAUGCCAAGAGGUUGAUCGGAAGGAGAUUUAGUGAUGCAUCCGUUCAGGCUGACAUGAAGCACUGGCCAUUCAAGGUUGUUUCUGGACCCGGUGAGAAGCCCAUGAUUGGUGUUAACUACAAGGGUGAAGAGAAGCAGUUUGCUGCUGAAGAAAUCUCCUCCAUGGUUCUUACCAAGAUGAAGGAGAUUGCUGAGGCUUACCUUGGCUCAACUGUGAAGAACGCCGUCGUAACAGUUCCUGCCUACUUCAAUGACUCUCAGCGUCAGGCAACAAAGGAUGCCGGAGUUAUUUCUGGUUUGAACGUUAUGCGUAUUAUUAACGAGCCAACCGCAGCUGCUAUUGCCUACGGUCUUGACAAAAAGGCCACCAGUGUUGGUGAGAAGAAUGUUCUCAUCUUUGAUCUUGGAGGUGGAACUUUUGAUGUUUCUCUUCUUACCAUUGAAGAGGGUAUCUUUGAAGUCAAGGCCACUGCUGGAGACACCCAUCUUGGAGGUGAGGACUUUGACAACAGAAUGGUGAACCACUUCGUUCAGGAGUUCAAGAGAAAGAACAAGAAGGAUAUCAGUGGAAACCCCAGGGCACUUAGAAGGUUGAGAACUGCUUGUGAAAGAGCAAAGAGGACCCUUUCAUCCACUGCUCAAACCACCAUCGAAAUCGAUUCUCUCUACGAGGGUGUUGACUUCUACUCUCCCAUCACCCGUGCCCGUUUUGAAGAGUUGAACAUGGAUCUGUUCAGGAAGUGUAUGGAGCCUGUUGAGAAGUGUUUGAGGGAUGCUAAGAUGGACAAGAGCACUGUCCACGAUGUUGUUCUUGUUGGUGGAUCCACUAGAAUUCCCAAGGUCCAGCAGUUGUUGCAAGAUUUCUUCAAUGGCAAAGAGCUUUGCAAGAGCAUCAACCCUGAUGAGGCUGUUGCCUAUGGUGCUGCCGUCCAAGCCGCUAUCUUGAGUGGUGAAGGUAAUGAGAAGGUUCAAGACCUAUUGCUUCUUGAUGUCACUCCCCUCUCUCUUGGUCUUGAGACUGCUGGAGGUGUCAUGACUGUUCUUAUCCCAAGGAACACCACCAUCCCCACCAAGAAGGAACAGGUAUUCUCCACUUACUCCGACAACCAGCCCGGUGUGUUGAUCCAGGUUUAUGAAGGAGAAAGAACCAGAACCAGGGACAACAACUUGUUGGGUAAGUUUGAGCUUUCUGGCAUUCCCCCAGCACCCAGGGGUGUUCCUCAGAUUAAUGUCUGCUUCGACAUUGAUGCCAAUGGUAUCUUGAACGUCUCUGCCGAGGACAAGACAACCGGACAGAAGAACAAGAUCACAAUCACCAACGACAAGGGUAGGUUGUCCAAGGAAGAGAUCGAGAAGAUGGUUCAAGAGGCUGAGAAGUACAAGUCUGAGGAUGAGGAACACAAGAAGAAGGUUGAGUCCAAGAAUGCAUUGGAGAACUACGCUUACAACAUGAGGAACACUGUCAAGGAUGAGAAAAUCGGAGCCAAGCUUUCUGAGGCUGACAAGAAGAAGAUCGAAGAAGCCAUCGAUGCUUCCAUUCAAUGGCUUGACGGUAACCAGCUUGCUGAGGCUGAUGAGUUCGAUGACAAGAUGAAGGAGUUGGAGAGCAUCUGCAACCCAAUCAUUGCCAAGAUGUACCAAGGUGCUGGUGGUGACAUGGGUGGAGGCAUGGAAGAUGAAGGUCCUACUUCCGGUGGCGGUGCUGGUCCCAAGAUUGAGGAAGUCGACUAAGUUGUCACUUCUUUUAAUUAGUUUUAUUAUGCAGUUCUUUUAAUUUCAGCUUUAAACAAUGGAUUGAUUUGGAAAAUGGUUGUAUCAACAGCAAGUUAACUUGCUGUUAUUUUGGGUUUUAUACAGCUAUAUUUUGCUGUAGGACAAGCUACUUUAGGUUCAUUUGCCUUCUCUUUUGAAAUAGAAGCACACAUUUUCCCCCGGCUAAUUUGAGUUUGUUUUGUGUUUUAA